AUGCGUGCCUCGAUACGAGACAUUCCACCGAAUGCCAAAUGGGCACAAAACGGUGUUACUGUGGCUGGAGGCUAUGGCAAAGGCAGUGCCUUGAAUCAGCUUAGUGAUCCGCGUGGCAUCUUCGUCGAUGACGCUAUGACAAUUUUCAUCGCCGAUUGGGGAAAUCAUCGUAUUAUGAGCUGGAAGGCGGGUGCAAUGGUUGGACAAGUCGUUGCCGGUGGUAAUGGCCCAGGCGAUGGGACGCAUCAAUUGAAUCAUCCCUUCGAUGUCAUCGUUGACAAAACGACCGAUAGUCUUAUUAUUUCAGACAACAACAAUAGACGAGUCGUCCAAUGGCCUCUUCAAAAUGGUAAUCAUCAUGAAAUCAUGAUUACCAAUAUCCAAGCCACAGGAUUGACCAUUGACGACAAUGAUCAACUCUAUGUCGCCGACUGGGAAAAGCACGAAGUCCGACGAUAUCAAUGUGGUGACACGAAGGGAACCAUCGUUGCUGGUGGCAAUGAAUAUGGAGAGCGUCUCGAUCAACUCUCGAGCCCAUGCUGCAUCUUCAUCGAUAGAGAACAUUCAGUAUAUGUAUCUCAGUUGCAAGAUUGCCGUGUCGUCAAAUGGCAACAAGAUGCAACACAAGGCACUAUCGUCGCCGGUGGCCAAGGAGAAGGCAGUAAUCUCACACAAUUGCACUCGCCCAUGGGAGUCGUUGCCGACCAACUGGGUACCGUCUACGUGGCUGACCACUACAAUCAUCGUAUCAUGUGCUGGCCAAAAGGAGCAACACGAGGAAGUGUUGUUAUUGGUGAGAAUGGCAGCGGAGACCAGUCAAAUCAAUUAUAUUGGCCACUCGGUUUAUCUUUCGAUCGCCAUGGAAAUCUCUAUGUUGCCGAUGUCGGAAAUCAUCGUGUUCAACGUUUUGAUCUCCAAUGA